AUUACGAAAUCUUUGUACGAAAAUUUUAUGCCAUCGGACAUGUUUUAAAACAUUUACUUAUUCAAUAUUUAAUAUUGAAAAACACUUAUUAUUUGGGGCAUUUAUUUGAACAACAUCUGAUUUGUACUACUGGGUCACUGUUUAAGAAGGAUACGUGCAGUCACAUUCAAUACACACUAUCAAAGGAACCAGGAUUACACCGAAUUAUGCUUACUCAAGUUGACGAAAGUGCGCAGAGCACAAGAUCAAUUGAAGCUACCAAAAGAUGUAUCCGCAUCACAGUGAUAGCCACACGAAUACUAGCUUUCCUCAGUAUUGUUUUUUCUACCUUGGCCUUUGUUAUGGUGGGCAUUAUUUUUGGAUUCUUCAUGAUGGCCACAGCAACUUUUAGUGUUUUAAGCCCAUUAAACUUCAGCUGUUUCUGCUAUCGAGAUUGUUCCAGAUACACAAAGAUUGAGAAAGCAAUCGGACAUUGGAGUGUCUAUUUGUGGAUGUUCAUCAGCAACAUGUGCUACGCCAUCAUGUUUGGGUACAGCUGGUAUAUUUGGGCAGAAUUAAGAGAAUACUACUAUAAUGACGUGCAUAACUAUUACUUCUUUAACGUCGACGAAUACAACAGCAUGGCUUUAUUGGACACAGUAUUUGCAUUUACGCUGAUCAUUACGUUCUUCCUUUCGAUGUUGAACCUUUACUCAUUUAGUCUUGUCUACAAGUACGGCUGUUGCUUCAUGAAUGAAGUCGAUAGGGACCACUCUCAGCAAAGCGUUGAAACGGCGGUCGUGAUGAAUAAAGAGAUAUCUACAAUCGGAGGCGGUCUUCCGGUUAACGGUUUGCAGUUCAUAGAUACUACAGUGGGUUCUCAGCAACCGUCUACUUACCCUGAGACACAGUAGCCUCAAUACCAGCCGUAUCUUGCCGGACCUUCUCAGCAAGUUAUUGGUGUUACAAGUGACUCGGCAGGCUCGACUUGGCGGCAACGAGUGGUCAGCCUGUCCGUCUUCUACCAUACGCUGAUGCCACUCCAAAUGUGAAACCAAAUUACAGUGAUCGAAUCAAAAACAUGUUAUUGCCAAACAUAUUAGUGAACAGAUAUACUUCACCAACAUGCAUAAAAACGCCUUUGUCGUAAGUAUUUCACAAGUGAAAAAGCAACAACUGUAAACAUAAUUGGAUUCUUGAUAGUAUUGUUCAUCCCGAUUUUAAUGGUGAUGUUUUAAAGAAAAUUCGUAAAAUUAAAAUGGUUCCAGCAGGUAGUUGGGCAGAUAGACUCAAUGAAUUACUUGGAUUUUAUUUAAACCGUGGAUAUAAAGGCAAACUUUUGAAGAGCACUUGCCUUCUAGUUAUUGAAGAUGAAUUCCUGAAACAAAAUAUAGGGUUGAAUAUAGCAUCCUUACAUAACUAAGCUUUCAGUACUUUGAUUUUAUGAUGAUUGUGCUAAUUCAUGUUAUCUUUAAAACCUUUUUUGGCUAAAACAUUUUUGGCUGACUCGGAGUGUUUUGCAUGUGACUUCAUUUUCUUCAAAUAUUUUACAUUUUCAAAUCAUUUGGAAAGAAAGAUUAGCUAAUAAAUGUCGCUGUUUUAUUUAAUGAUGUUUUUUUUUAUUUGUUCCAAGUUUUAGUACAAUGGUGCUUUUAUUAUGCAACUCUGUGAUCACACAGUUUUAAAUCUUUUAUUUUAUAAGGCAGACUGUGUGUGAUAUUCAUAGUUUCAAACAAUGACUGCAUCGUAUCUUUGAAAAAAAAAUUGCAUUAGGUACUCUGAAUUGUAUUCCACCGUCUGCAGAUAGAGUUGAGAUCCCUAAUGAUAGAAGUACUUGGGGUUUACCUAAAAUUUUAUUAUCAUUUGUUUUAUCGUUAAGUUUCCUCAAGUGAAUGCAUACUUUGAUAAGAUUUACCUUUUGCGUUUUAUCUUUAUUUAGGAUUGUUGGGAUAAGAGUGAAAUUUGUGCACUUAAACUGGUUUAAACCCCCAGUAAAUUUACAUUUUACUGACCGUUCCAAGGCGGUAUCUAACAAUCCUUGAUAAACACCCCUAGUUAUUGUUAUUUUUAUAGAGAAUAUAUGUACUGAAUUGUUUGUUGAGGUUUUUUUGCUGUUGUUCCAUCUUUCUCGUUAAUUUAUGAUUUUUUGUUUUUGCAUUCAGAUAGAGACAAACAUUAUGCGCCUACAAGUUAAGAUAAUUAAGCCAUUUCUAUGAAUAGGCUUCUUUAA